AUGACAGUCGAGACGAACACUACUACUACUACCCACGCCCCGCGCGUCGCCGACACCGGCGCGGCCGCGCUCGACGCCCUCCUCGAGCGCACGGUGGCCAACCGCGACCUGCCCGCGGUGACGUUCGGCGUGAUUGGCGCGAGCGGCGCGCCUAUCUACUUCGCCGCGAGGGGGGAGAAGGCACUGGGCGACGCGGCGAAGGGACAGAUUGACGAGACGACAUACCUCGAGCUCUACUCGCAGACCAAGCUCAUGGUCGCCGUCGCGGUCCUGCAGCUUGUCGACCGGGGCGUGCUGAACCUCGACGAUACGGCAGUGGUGGAGAAGCAUGCGCCUGAGCUGCUGGCGCAGAAGGUGCUCUCGUAUGAUGACGCCGGCAACGAGGUCCUCAGCCCCCUCACCGGCAAGCUCACGCUGCGCACGCUGCUCACGCACACCUCGGGCCUAGCGUACGGCUUUGACUCGCCCGCGCUCGCGAAGUGGGAGGCCGCGCACAAGCCUGCAACCAGCUACAACCCCGAGUCCGGGGUGGCCGGUUUCACUCGCCCGUUCGUCUUCCAGCCGGGCACGAACUGGACGUACUCCAUCGGUAUCGACUGGGCGGGCAUCAUCCUCGAGCGCGUCACGGGCCAGUCGCUGGAAGAGUACUUUACGCAACACAUCUUCGCGCCACUCGGGCUCAAGGACCUGACAUUCUACAUCACUGAGGCGAACGCACCGCGCUUCCAGGUCGUCCAGACGCGCACUGAGAGCGGCUGGGAGCCAGCCAAGUUCUCGUACCGCGACCGCACCCCUGGGGUGCGGUACAAGCAGCUCUCGGGCGGCGGCGGGCUGGUGGGGACAGCGAAGGACUACCUGCUCUUCCUGCAGGCGAUCCUCGCGGCGAAAGAGCACAGCAACGCCGUCGUCUCGAAAGCGGCAUACGACGAGCUGUUCCGCGACUCUCUGACCGCCGACGUGCGCGCCAAGCUCAACGCACGCCCAGACAAGGCGCUCAAGCAGAUCCCUGGCGGCCCCGCCGCGCUCUCCUGGUCCGUCGGGCUAGAGCUCAACCUCACCGACGGCGAGUUCGGGCGCAAGAAGGGAAGCGGGUACUGGGGCGGCGCGGCCAAGACGAGCUUCUGGCUCGACCCGGCGAGCGGGAUUGCGGCGGUCUUCGGGACCCAGAUCCUCGGCGCAGCGUUCGCCGACCUCGGGUUCAAGGCCGUCAAGGACGAGUUUGAGCGCACGCUGUACGACGCGCUCGAGUAGGUGUGAAUAAGGUUAGACGCGGCGUCGUGGCUUUGUAUACCGUGCAUCGCGUAUGCAACUGAAUUGGAUUGGGGUCUUGGGGUACAAUACACU